AUGCCAUCUCUUUUUGUUAGUGAUGAUGCAGAAGUAGAAGUGACAGUGAAGCAGGAGGAAGAGGAAAUCCUUAUGGAAGUGGAUGAAGAGGUAACUGAGAAAGAGGAGGAAGAAACAGAAGAUGAUGAUCCGGUUCUUCGAGAGAUACCGAUCCAUUUAAACACUACAGAUCCCCAAAAACUUGAUUUAAUGCUAUUACAAUACACAACACGCAAAAACAGUGGCGGAUCAGUACCAACGUCGAUUGAAUAUAAACCUAAUUCGAAAGUGGUGGAAAUGGAACUUCCAUUUGAACAGACAAAAUUCUUCAACGAGGACAAAUCCAAAGGCUGGAACAAAUUAGAAGGACAAAUGCUUCGUGGAGUGGUGUGCAGAAAUGAGACGUCUGGAUAUUUCAUGGGUCGUGUGGGACAGGACGGGGAGCUAUAUUUCAAUCCUAUAACAGGAGGUACGGCACAAUUAAGACCGAGCUUUCGAUACAUUGACGACUUACGACAGAAGAAGAUACAAAAGGAGGCCGAAGAGGCCAAGCAAUUGGCAAAUGAUUCUUCUACCAAGGUGAUUGGAGAGAGAGAACGGCAGGGAAAUUUAGCAGCGGCAAGAGCAGCAGCCCUACAUGUGGUUCAAAUGACAGCGAAGUCGUCGAAUCAAACGAUUCCUCGAUUAGGAGGAGCGCUAUUGAGUAAAAAGCAGGAAGAUGACGAAACUGCAGAGACUUAUGAGGUACUACCGAGGGAGAAAUACGAUGUGAAGCAGAUGGAGAUGCAGUUGGGAGGAAGCGACUCAGAUGCUGCGGUGCUAAAACCGGCGGCUACUCAAGCAGAAUAUAUCGAGAUGCUUAUGAAGAAGAUGGGAAUAUAA